GGCAGAGCGCACUUGGCCGUGUUGACACCGGACGGAUAUGCGGCGAUGCUCUUGCGUGUGAAGGCGUUUGCAGCGGUCUCUAAGCAGCCACGGAGAGAUUUCGCAUCGGAUGAGAGAUUAGGAGGAGGAGAGGGAGGAAGAGCGACCAGCAUCAGCAAAAAAAACCACAAACAAAACACCCGGUAUCUUUUGGUCCAUCGCGUCUGCUCCUCGGUGGCGGCGGCCCGUCGACACUCGGAGGAAGCCGGGGGCUGGAUUUGAAACGUCGCAGGGAUGUGCUGAAAGUUUGAGGAUGAAAGGAGGAAGAGGAGGAGAGAUGUGGAGUGAGCCCUUCCUGGCCCAGGACAGGUUUUAGUUAGGCCCUUGCAAAUCCAGUGACGUCUGUGGUCAGGAGGUGAUGGCAGUGCUGACUGAGCUUCACCACCACUGCUACCCCUUCCUACAGAUGGACGCCCCCCUCCUGUACGCCUGAGUCUGCACUCAGUGCUGCCUCCUUCCCCUCCUCUCCUUUUGCUUCUCCUUGCUCAUUUCCCACCUCUUCCUCCACUCUCCUCAUCCAGCUGCCCGCUUUCUUCCUCCCCCACACAUCUCUCCCUCCCAUCCAUUUCCCCCACAUUGAAUUUCACUGUACCUCUACAAUCUCACGUUAUUAUGGCGUGCUUUGGGCGCUCUCUGGACUCCCCGUGUACACUAGCCCUGCUGGUGGGCUUCCAGUUUGCCUUUGUUCUCUAUUUCUCCCUCGGGGGCUUCAGAGGCCUGGUGUCUGUCCUGGUGCACACCACAGAGCCGGAGUUUGAUUACUCCCGACCUCAUGACGUCUAUACCAACCUCAGUCAUCUGGGAGUUCCGCCUCCCCCGCCUCGCAACUCUGGCACUGGACCCCCUGCCACGGGACCGCCGCUGAGAGACUGCCAGAUCCCCUCCCCACUGCUGGUCGGACCUGUGUCUGUCCAUCUUUCCUCUCCUCUGUCUCUGGAGGAGAUCCGACAGAGGAAUCCGUUGGUGUUGCCGGGUGGACGCUACCGACCUCCAGACUGUGAACCCCGCCACCACACAGCGAUAGUGGUACCGUAUCGGAACCGGCAGACUCAUCUCCGUGCCCUCCUCUACCACCUUCACCCCUUCUUGCAAAGACAACAGAUCCACUACAGCAUCUAUAUAGUACAGCAGUGGGGGAACGGUACUUUUAACCGAGCCAAGCUGCUGAACGUUGGGGUGCGGGAGGCCCUCAGAGAUGAAGACUGGAGCUGCAUCUUCCUGCAUGAUGUUGACCUGCUGCCUGAGAAUGACCACAACACCUACACCUGCCACAAGCAGUUCCCCACACACCUGUCUGUGGCCAUGGACAAGUUCAGAUACAGGCUGCCGUACCCACAGUAUUUUGGUGGAGUGUCUGCAGUGACCCCGGACCAGUACAUGAAGAUGAAUGGCUUUCCUAACCAGUACUGGGGUUGGGGCGGAGAGGACGAUGACAUUGCUGCCAGAGUACGUCUGUCUGGCAUGAAGAUCAUGCGCCCUCCAGUGGCCAUUGGUCAUUACAAGAUGAUCAAGCAUAAAGGAGACAGAGGCAAUGAGCAAAACCCACGCAGAUUCGACCUUCUGAAGAGGACCAGACUCAACUGGCGCUCUGACGGCCUCAACUCUCUGACCUACGAUCUCCUUUCUAAAGAGCUGGAGCCUCUUUACACCAACCUCACCGUCAACAUUGGAGAAGACCCCCGUCUGCCCCCGGGGAAAGCACCCAUCCCCUUGAAAACAACAACCCCUGUCCACAACCACAGCACCAGCAAGACCGGAGGCCCAGCCAAACAGGAGAAGGGGCAAGAGAGCAAAGGGCCUGUGGCUGCAAAUUUGACUGUGGUGAAGCCAGUUGGUGAAAAGACAGAACCUGACCAGUCAAAGGCAGCGAAUCAGACAACACAGAAGAAGACAGCUGUGAUGAAAUAGGAUGAGGUCUAUGAUAAAAAGACUGCAUCACAUCUGUAGCAUAAAGUGGCUUCUACCUUUGUUUUGAUCUGAAAGACAAAAUGAAGGAAAGCAGCGUAGUUGUGGGACAUAAAGUGCUCAGUGCAGGUUAGGGACAGUUAUGCAAUAGAUCCAAUGAAGAAGCCACUUUUGUCUACAGGGGUGCAUUCAGGAACACGACUGAGUCACCUCUUGGUUUGUCAUCUGCUGAAUGUGACUCUGGCUCUAGUCACAGACAACAAGUCUGGGGUCCGGUUCAUGACCAGUUUGGGGCCAGGAGAAGAAUGAAGGACUCAGUCAUACCCACAUAGAGGUCCAAAACAUCUAAAUGAAAAUGAGACAGCAAAUAUAUAAAUCUCUGCUCUUUUCCAGACAUCGCAAGUUGUAAGCAACCCAUCUGCUGCCAGCACACCUGCAGCUUCAUCCAGUUUGCUCCCAAAAAACUGCUGCUGUCAGUCCACCCCACUGCACGGUGGGUUUGUGUUUCUGUGCCUUCUCUCUUUUAUGCGCAUUUUAUAGACUGGUAUAGCUGGUAUAGUUGCUUCUAGACGCUGACCUGGGGUUCAUUUUACUUCUCCUGCGUCGCAGCAAGUAUUAGAAAGCAGGGAGGUUAAAGUUGAUCCGAGAUCAGAACAAAAGAUUUGUUCCAGGACUGCCGUUUUAUAUUUGUGUGCAUUGAUCAAGCGCUGACCGGCUCCAUAGUUAUCAGACAAUUUUAGAGUUUAUAUUUAUAUAGAGAGACUUCUUUAUUUGUUUACUGGUUUGUUUUACGCGUCCUUCCUUACAGUCUGGUGCCUCUCUCUCUGUGACAUUUUGUUUCUAGACAAUCAAAUCAUAUGGGAAGAUAACUCUGUAUCCAAACACAUAACAAAGUGAGGAAAUAUUAUCAUGACUAUCUUUACACCUGUCAGAUAAACAUAGACUUGGCAUGAUAGUUGUUGUCUAGUUCGACUAUACUCUCAAUACAUGGAUAGACCUGUGCUUCUGAUAUUAUCUGUGAUUUUAUUAUUUUUCUUUUGGAUUAGUCAGGUAUGGGAAAAAAGCAAACUUGCAGACAAUAUUGUAGGCACGUGACUACACAUUUGCCAGUUUCAGAUUGUGUUUUAAUAAUAAAAAAGGUCAUAGUCACGAUAAAGCACUGUGUAUAGAUCUAGGUCAGCUUUUUACUAGAAGGCCUGUGCUUUCUGUGUAUUAUGAAAGACCCCGGUGCAUCUAAAAGCUAUAAGAAUGUCUGCCUCUCCUUGUCUGUCAUUCGCUAGAAUGAAGCUUUUGUGUCUUGAAGGAAAGCAGACAAGAAAGAAGGAAACGCGCAUAUUAGACCGAAAAUGAUUUAAUUUUAUUCUGAGGGCUGCCAAAUUAACACAUGCAUGUGGGUAAUUUGUGUUGACAGAUCAAUUUAUCACCUACUUUUAUGAUCUAAAAGUGACUUCAUUUUUUUCCCCCCAUAUCAGCCAUUUGGAAUGUAUUAUUUUGAGUUUUCAUCCUAGUUUUUGUGAAGGGAGAGUUUAUCAGGUGAGCUUUUUUUGUGGACAGGGAUUCGAAUCUGAUCACUCGUAGGGCAUAAGAUUUCUUGCUGCUAUUUGACUAGGGAAACGGUUAACUGUAUAAUUAAUCUUCUUGAAGAAUGACAUACUGUAACACUACUUUUCUGGUGUGGAAUUGUGUUUUAUCAUACUAACAGGUAAUGUAUUAUGUAUGCUAAUUUGAAUGUAUUUAAUUUAUUAUUUAUUUAUUGAGUCACUGAUAGAGCUAAGUGCGUAUGUGUUUCUCCACUGUAGAGCAGAUUAUUAUCCCUUUAUACUAUAUCUCCAUGUUUCUUAUGUUAACAUCGUGCCUCAUGAAAUAAGCCCAUAUUACUGGAGGAAAGAAGGCAUACCUCUGGGUUAUAUGUGAGCGCCCUCAAGUGGCACAGUCUGGCAUAGCGCCAGCCAAGAACGAUCCAAGGACUGAAUGAAACUGCAGUGUUGUGACAUGAAUGUUAAUCAUUAAUGUUGGCCAUUCACAGGUUUCAGCCAAUCAAAUCUUUGCAUUGCUCUGUGUGGAGGGUUUUUCGUUUGCGUAGUGUCACAUGAUUGAUCCUGCAAGCUUAAAGGUGUAGAACAAUUUUACUUGUCAAUAGAACCAAAAACUACACGGUGAGUGUUUUAUGAAUGGAUAUAGUUUUAUAGAAGGAGUCUGCGUUUAUUUAUGAUAAAAUAUUAACUGUUUCAAACAAAGAGUGCUGUACACACAGAUUGUCUUGACAGAGUUCACUGAGAAAUUAGGCAUAGUUUCUUCUUUAUACUACAUAAUAAUUUAGUUGCAUAUGAAUAGAUAAUAUAUCCUCCAUGUAUCGUAUUGCCUGGGACAACGCCUGUAUGACAUGAAGCAGUGACAAACUGAAAGCUUUUAAGGAUGUUAUGUAAUCUCAGCAGAUUAAUCAGCAAACUGUGUGCUUACCUGGAGAUUGUUCUAUAUUUAAUAAAUAGGCUAGUUUUUAUAAAGGAUGUUUUUCGCAUAAAUGUUGGAAAUAUAUACUGUGUAGUUGAAUGCAAAUUCAGUAAACAGGAUUGGAACUUCUUAGUAAAAUUUUUUUAUUUAAAGAAGUCAUUUGAUCAUGAUUUUAUCCUUAUUAAACACGAUUGAGAAAUAUUUGUGACUGCCAAGAACCACCUCACUAGAAAGAUAGGAUGUUUAUGUGUCGGUAAAUGAGACGUAAUUAAUACAUUACAUCACUUAUAAUGAAAGGGCCAUGAUAUUUGUAUCAUGCGAUGAUACCUGUUGUCAUCAUAUGUUGCCUCAUUGGUCUUGAAGAUGAAAAAUUGUGUGUGUGUUCGUGUGUGUGUAGAGAGCAAGGUCAUCAAAAAAAGGCAACAGAUGCAGUAAACUAUGAUGGACAGUGUUGUGACAGAAAGCAAAUACGUAUAUCUACCAAU